UAACCACUUAACACGGGCGCGUUCACCGAGGCUGGAAGCUUGGAUCGUAAGUGUGUAUUGGCAGCGCCGGGGUAACGUUGACGGAAAAUGGUGUCGACGAAGUGAUGCUAAGAAAGGUCCUUGGUGCAUGUAAAGCAGUCAUCUUGUGAUCAUCUGUGCAGCUCCCCUUCAGUGUAGACUUGGCUCGUUUCACCUGCUUUUGUUAGUAAUCUCUUGCAAUGGUUCCUGUUGUCGUCGUUCAUGGGGGAUCAGGGAAAGCUUUAACACGUGAAGAAUUUUGCAAGCUCGGAGUCCAGGAAGCGGCACUCGCUGGGUACCAUGUCCUUCAGCAAGGGGGCAGUGCUCUUGAUGCAGCAGAAGCAGCCGUGAUUCACCUGGAAAACAAUCCGAUCUAUAACGCUGGCUUUGGUUCUGCUUUGAAUGAGUUGAAGGAUGUGGAAAUGGAUGCCCUUAUAGUUGAUGGAAGAACGCUGGAUUGUGGAGCCGUUGCUGCAGUCAGAAGAAUUGCAAAUCCCAUUGCACUCUCCAGACUUGUAAUGGAAAAGACAAACCAUGUGUGUCUUGCUGGAGAAGGUGCGUCCAGAUUUGCAAAAGCAAUGGGUAUAAAAGAAGUAUCGGAGGAGUCCCUAAGAACUGAAUAUUCCAUAAAGAAGUGGGAAGAAGCCAGGCAUUUUAAUGAAGAUUCAGGUGAAGAGUCAAAGUCCGGGACGGUGGGUGCUGUUGUCUUAGACUCAAAAGGCGAUUUGGCCAGCGCGACUUCCACAGGUGGAAUGGUCAAGAAAAUGGUUGGACGGGUCGGUGAUACACCUGUGAUAGGAUGUGGUGGUUUUGCUGAUAACCUGGUUGGGGCCGUUUCAGCUACUGGGCAUGGAGAAGCAAUAAUGAAGGUGACUUUGUCCCGAUUGGUUAUUUUCCACAUGGAACAAGGAAUGUCUCCCAGCCAGGCAGCUGACACAGCACUGGAAUACAUGAAAACACGGGUGAAAGGCAAAGGGGGCAUCAUAGUGAUAAGCAAAUCUGGAGAAUGGACAGCAAAAUUUACCAACAGGCGAAUGGCGUGGGCCACAGUGAAGGAUGGCAUUUUACACUAUGGAUCUCAGCAUGGAGAACACAACACCAGGCCUUUAGCAAAUACUUCAGGACACUCGUGAGAUCCCAAGUUUUGCUUGUGCCUGUAGUCGUCUUAAAAAUGAAGAUUAUGAAGACUGCCUGACUGCACUGUUAAUGCCUUUAAUAUGCUGCUCCAAUCCAUCGUAUUUCAUCAGUUAUGUUCACGUUUAAUAAUAAUCAUCGCAAAUUUCUCUAAUUUCACCAUUUGUGAGUUCAGUAAUUGAUUUUUGGAGCCAGAUGUAGGUAAUAAACACUUUAUAAAAUGCAAAUCUUUAUUUAAAUGUAUAAUUAAUGUUAUAAUUUUGAGAAAAAAUGCAGCACAACUGCUGCUACUUGUGGUUGUUUCAAGCCAGUGAGGGUCACACCGUGCACCACUGUAACUUCAUUAACUGGAUGAAUUUUGAGGGUCUCUGGGGAAUUAAGGAAUUUUAAAGAAAUUACUGCGACUGAUAACUGGUGAGAAAACAAAUGUGCAGUGCAGUCACAACUUGAUUAUAAAAUAUGGGAAACAGGUGAAGAUACUAGAGAACAUUUCCUACCAAUCAUUACUCCUGUUUAAUCAAUGUUUAUUUAUUUAUUUUUUUAACUGUUGCAAGCAACUUAAUGAUUGUUUAAUCUUGUUUUUCUUUCGGCUGCUCCUGUUUCAAGUCGUCACAGCGGAUCAUCUGUUUCCAUAUCUUCCUGUCCUCUGCAUCUUGCUCUGUCACACGUACUACCUGAAUCUGAAUGUCCUCUCUCACCACAUCCAUAAACCUCCUCUUAGGCCUUCCUCUUUUCCUCUUGCCAUUAUCGCCCUAACCUGCUGCUCACCUUUCCCAGCUCGGUCCCUCUGUCUAGCUAAUCGGUACAGGUCCUUUUAUCCCUCUUUAGUGUCCAACCUCUCAUACGACUCAUCAUACGCCUUUUCUUUAGCCUUCGCCACCUCUCUCUUCACCUUACGCCUUAUAUCCUUGUACUCUUCAUUUCUGUGAUUAUCUCACUUCUUUGCCACACUCUUUCUCUGUAUACUUUGCUGUACUUCCCCAUUCCCACACCAGGUUUCUUUGUCCUUCUUCGUCUGUCCAAAUGUCAUACCAAGCACCCUUCUAACUAUCUCCCUUACCACUUCUGCUGUAAUUGCCCAGCUAUCUGGUAAUUCUUCACUGCCACCUAGUGCCUGUUUUACCUCCUCCCUAAACUCCACCUUAACAGUCUUCCCUUUUCAGCUUCCACAAUUUGAUCCAGCAUCAUUCUACAGACCACCAUCCUAUGCUGCCUAAUUGCAUUCUCCAAUCUCCUUUAGACUGAUGCUCAUGCAUAUGAUAAAAUCUACCUGUGUGCAUCUUCCUCCAUUCUUGCAUGUCACCUUGUGUUCCUCAAUCUUCUUAAAAUAUGUUUUCACCACAGCCAUGUCCAUCCUUUUCGCAAAAUCCACUACCAUCUGACCGUCUUCAUUCCACUCCUUGACAUCAUGCCUUCCCAUCACCUCCUCAUCCCCUCCAUUCACCACCAAGCCCAUUGAAAUCCGCUCUAGUCACCAUUCUCUCUCUCCCUUGGGUACACUCUCCAUCACUUCAUCCAACUCACUCCAGAAAUAUUCUUUCAUCCAUCACACACCCAAGUUGCCGGGUGUAUGCACUAAUAACAUUCAUCAUCACACAUUCAGAUUCCAACUUCAUAAUCGACAAUCAUUCCACAACCAAAACACUCCUGACAUACUGUUCCUUCAGGAUAAGCCCUGUCCCAUUUCUCCUCCCAUCCACACUAUGGUAGAACAAUUUGAACCCACCUCCGAUACACUUGGCCUUACUCCCCCUCCAUCCUGGUCUGUUGUACACACAAUAUAUCAACCUUCCUUUUCGCCAUCAUAUCGGCGAACUCUCUCCCCUUACUAGUCAUACUUCCAACAUUGAAAGUUUCUACCCUCACUUCCACUCUCUUAACCUUCCUGCUGACUCCUUUUGGGAGGCACCCCCCUCUUCUCCAUUCGGCCAAUAGUAGCCAAAUUUCCCUCCGCACCCUGUUGGCUAACAGUACUGGUGGAGUCCGUUGUUAAUGUGGACCUCGACCGAUCUGGUAUGGAAAUCUGUAUUGUUGUCCGCAUAUAGAUCUGGCAAAUUUUACACUGGAUGCCUUUCUAGAUGUAACCCUCCCCAUUUAUCUUAAUGAUUACGUUUAAUAAAUUUCUGAAAAUUGAGCCUGGUUGGAGUAAAGCUGUAAAACAUGGAAAAGAGGUU